UUUAUUUUUUUUUCCUAUCUUUCCAGGGUCCGACUCUGCAUUUGCUACCAUUCUUUGUUGUUUCUGUUGUGUUCUCCUGAAGCAUAACGGGAUCCCUCUUUAUGGCUUCUUCUUCCGUGAUUCUUUUUUCUGAACUUCACUCAAAGCUUUCAUUUUUUUAAUUUUUUCAACAUUGCUUACAGUUUUCACUCUGUUUAGCUUCAAGAAAGCAUGGAACUUUAUGUUUCAACCCUUCUCUUCUUCACAGCUUUGUCAAUGGAUUGGAGUCUUGAGUAGAGAAUAUUGAAGUGCAAACGAGGAGAUGAGAGGGGAGUCAUCUGGAUUGAUUAUUGGGAUCUCCAUAGGUGUGGUGAUCGGUGUGCUAUUGGCUAUUUUGGCGUUCUUAUGUGUUAGGUACCAUAGGAAGCGGUCACAGAUAGGGAAUAGCAGUUCGAGGAGGACAGUGACUAUUCCAAUCAGAGAAAAUGGUGCCAAUUCAUGUACUAUCCUUUCAGACUCAACUAUUGGUCCCGAAUCACCAAUGAAAUCUGGACGCAAUGGAAAGUUGUUCUGGCUUGAAGGAUUCAAGAAAAACAAUGGCGUUUCCAUGUCUGGGAUACCAGUUUAUCCAUACAAGGAUCUGCAGAAGGCAACCUACAAUUUUACAACCUUAAUAGGACAAGGAGCAUUUGGUCCAGUUUACAAAGCUCAGAUGUCAACUGGUGAGAUUGUGGCUGUUAAAGUGCUAGCAACAGAUUCUAAGCAAGGGGAGAGAGAGUUCCAGACAGAGGUCAUGCUAUUGGGAAGGUUGCAUCAUAGAAACCUUGUGAAUUUGGUUGGAUACUGUGCAGAAAAGGGUCAACAUAUUCUUAUAUAUGUUUACAUGAGUAAAGGCAGUUUGGCUUCUCAUUUGUACAAUGAAAGCAAUGAACCCUUAAACUGGGAUGUGAGGGUCCAUAUUGCUUUAGAUAUUGCAAGAGGCCUGGAGUAUCUUCAUGACGGGGCAGUUCCUCCUGUAAUACACAGGGACAUAAAAUCUUCCAAUAUCUUGUUGGAUAAUUCUAUGAGAGCCAGGGUAUCUGACUUUGGGCUUUCAAGAGAAGAGAUGGUAGACAAACAUGCUGCUAUACGAGGAACGUUCGGAUAUCUUGAUCCUGAAUAUGUUUCUACCAGAACCUUCACUAAGAAAAGCGACGUUUACAGUUUUGGUGUUUUGCUUUUUGAACUUAUCGCUGGCAGAAAUCCUCAGCAGGGUCUCAUGGAGUACGUCGAGCUUGCAGCCAUGAAUACCGAUGGGAAAGUGGGAUGGGAAGAACUCGUGGAUGCUCGUCUUGAUGGAAAUUUUGACGUGCAAGAGCUCAAUGAAGUUGCUGCUCUUGCAUACAAAUGCAUCAACCGUUCCCCAAGAAAACGACCAUCCAUGAGGGACGUCGUGCAAGUUCUGUCUCGGGUUGUUAAAUCAAGGCACGACAUAAAGCAUCACAAGAAGUCCCUGUCUGCCGCAACAGAUGAAGUUUCCAUUGAUAUGGACCAACCAGAAAAUAUGACUCCAGUCUCUGGACAUCGGAGGGAGGAGUCUAUCGACAGUACCGACACAUAUGAAGUUUAGAUGAUGAAGUUUUCCCUUUAUUCCUUUGUCACAUAACUUUAAACUUGGUUCAGGUUUGCUUUGUGGACAUGCCUGAGCUUCGAAAGAUAGCUUGUUUGGUAGCAGAAUUAGCUUUCUGUAAUAUUGUGUAACAUAGUUAGGUGAACAGGUUCCUUUCUUUUCAACCCUUCUGUUUCGCUAAAGUGGCAAUGCCCUAAGUUUUGUAUAUUAAUACUAUAAAUUACAAUUUUUCUUCUUAUCACUAUAGAGUUUAGGGUCAAA